AUGCGACGCACUCCUCCGAGUACCAACUUCCUUGCCGUCACCGACGCCGCCUUCUCCACCGCCACAAUGUCUACACGUCCUCACCACCGAGGUCCCCGUAGAGGAUACUCCGGCCGAUCGUACUCCGGCGGGAGAGACCAGUUCGUUACCGGAGACGAUCACUUACAGUCAGUCCGCGACGCCAAUUCAGCAAUCCGGCAAGGCGAGAGAGGAAGCUCUGCGAAUCAAACGCAGUACUAUCAGAAUCCACCUCACGAUCCGAGGCCUUAUCCGCCGCCUCAAUAUCAGAAUCAGAAUCAGUUUUACAAUCCAAGGCCUCGUCCGAAUCCUCAUCAGCCGCCGCAUUUUCGGCAGCCGUAUGAUCACCGGCGUGAUUUUCGUCUGCCACAGCAUUUUCGCCCGAAGCCGCAGGAUUAUCGAGAGUGGGAGCUUGCUUUGACACCGCCACCUCCUCAUUGUGCAGAAAGGUUUAAAGUUCUUUCCUAUAAUAUAUUGGCCGAUUACCUUGCUAUGGACCACUGGAAAAAACUUUACUAUCAUGUACCUCCUUACAUGUUGAACUGGCAGUGGAGAAAGAGUAAAAUAAUUUCUGAGCUUGGCUUGUGGUCUGCCGAUAUCAUGUGUUUUCAGGAGGUUGAUAAAUUUGAUGAGUUAGUGGAGGAUUUGAAGUUUAAAGGAUACAGAGGCAUCUGGAAGAUGCGUACGGGCAAUCCAGUUGAUGGUUGUGCAAUCUUUUGGCGAACAUCAAGGUUCAAUUUGUUAUAUGAAGGAUGCAUAGAGUUCAAUAAGUUGGGUCUUAGAGACAAUGUUGCUCAAAUAUGUGUACUAGAGCUCGUUAAUCAAAAUGGUUCUCUCCCGCCCAGCUUGACAGGUUCUCGUAAAGUUGUGGUUUGCAACAUUCAUGUGCUUUACAAUCCAAAUAGAGGAGAAAUUAAGCUUGGCCAGGUCAGAGUCCUACUGGAUAAGGCUCAAGCUGUUUCUCAACUUUGGAAUAAUUCCCCUAUUAUUAUCUGUGGGGAUUUUAAUUGUACCCCUAAGAGUCCAUUAUACAACUUUAUCGCAGAACAAAAGUUAGAUCUAUCUGGAAUUGAUAGGAAUAAAGUAUCAGGGCAAGCUUCUGCUGUAAUUCGCGCACCAUGGGCUUAUGGUCCUAAUUCUAGGGAAAAAACAUUUGCUAAUGGUUCAGUUCAGACCGCAUCCGCUGAAGGUGACAAGGGAGUUACUAUUGAACAAAAGAGUUCUUUGUCAGACAUGCAGAAUCUAACCACUGAGAGUAGCAGUUCUGAAAAUCAAGAUUGCCGCCCUGCUUUGGAUAUGUCUAAUCCGAUAAAUGUGCAGUGUAGUAGGGAGAGUGAUGCAUGUGCAGGAAAAGAUACUCGGGGGGCUGUUCACCAUAAUACGGUUUUUGGUGAAGUUGAUGGCAUGACAGAAGUGCCAAAUCCUUCUAAUCAUAUUGGUAGAAGACUCCCAACUGAUCAUAUAAAUGAUGAUGAAAUUCAUGAUGUCACACCUAUAACGUCUUCAGCUCUUGAGACAGUUUACACUAACCCAACCGGGAUAGGAAACACAGAACAUAUAUCAGACGCUAUCUCAACUUCAAGUCAAGAAUCAUUGAGUGAAAACUCCAACUUGCAUGAACAUGAAGGGAAUAGGCUCGAAGAGUCUAACUGUUCCCCAACGUCUCUUCAAGAAGGUGAUCAAACUUCAAAGGUGGAGAUAGAUCUUGAGUCAACAGAUCUUAACCAAGAAGUAUCUUCAAAUAAACCAUUGAGCAAGACUUCAGUUUCUAAUGACCAAACGAAUUGCUCAUCAAUUGCAUAUCUAGUUGACGAAUCACAAACACCUACCAACUUUGACUUUACUCUAAAUGAAAAACUAGAGAAUUUUUCCCUUGAUGAUAUAGAUAAAGCCGAUCUAAGCAUUGUGGAUGUUGGUGAAGAUGCCAUUGACUUCAUAAAUGCCUUACAUAAUGCCGAAGAAGAAAGCAAUGAAGUGAAGGAUGACUUAUUUCCAAGUUUGAUUUCCAAAUCUAUUGAUGCAGAGAAAACUACUUAUAAUCCAUCAUUGUGGACCCCUGCUGAGAUAGAAACUGCAACAGGAAAUGCAGAGAGCACAUUCUUGGAGCACCCUUUACUGCUCAAGAGUACAUACACUGAAGCUACGAACUCUUCAGGGACUAGAGACCCCAAUGGCGAACCCUUAGUAACCAGCUACAACAAGUGCUUCUUGGGCACUGUUGACUAUAUUUGGCGAUCUCAAGGUCUGCAAACAACCAGAGUUCUUGCUCCAAUACCUAAACAUGUCAUGGAAAGCUCUCAAGGAUACCCAACUAAGAGAUGGGGUAGCGAUCAUAUUGCCUUGGUUUCAGAGUUAGCUUUCUUAGAAGAUGGUACUACCAUCAUCAGCAAGGAUGUUGUAUAG